CUGAAGCUCGAGUAACUCACCAUUUGGCUGAAAUAGAGACAAGAUUUCCCAAACUUUCGUCGGAGGAAAAAGAAAAACAAACCCAACGGCGGAGGAGAGAAUUUCUAGCGGUUUGGAUACUUAAAGAAGAUUAUUUGAAGACUCCUUCUGGAAUCAAAUAGCAUGGAUCCCACCAGUGACUACCAUUUCCUCAAUCAGAUUUUGUGGAGAAGAGUGAAACUCACAUUGGUUUGUGGCAUCUUUGAGGGAGUGCUCCAGCAUGUGGACCCUAACAAGAUUGUUGUCCUGAAGAAAGUGAAGAAUGUGGAGACUGAUCGAAGUGUCCCAGGAGUGAAGAUGUUUUUUGGACACGAGAUUGUGAAUGUGGAACUACUGGAUGAAGAAGAACAAGGUGCAGUAAGAGAAAAGGCAUCUUCUGUUAGUCUAAAUACAGAAAGAAACAGGAUGGAUACAAUAAAAGAUGAAGACCUAAAUGUAUAUAAGCCUGCUUCUCCUGCCUCUGAGGCACCAACCACUUCUCUGCUAAAUGACCUCAAGUACAGCCCAUCAGAGGAAGAGGAAGUGACAUACACAGUCAUUGAUCAGUUCCAGCAGAAAUUUGGUGCUGCAAUGCUCCACAUCAAGAAGCAAAGUGUCCUGAGUGUGGCAGCAGAAGGAGCUAAUGUGUGUCGUCAUGGGAGACUAUGUUGGCUUCAGGUGGCCACAAGUAGCCGAGUUUACUUAUUUGACAUUUUCCUUCUGGGAAGUCGUGUUUUCAGCAAUGGACUUCAGAUAGUAUUAGAAGACAAGAGAAUUUUGAAGGUUAUCCAUGAUUGUCGUUGGCUUUCUGAUUGCCUCUCUCAUCAGUAUGGAAUUUUGCUGAAUAAUGUCUUUGACACCCAGGUAGCAGAUGUCCUUCAAUUUUCCAUGGAAACAGGCGGCUUUCUUCCAAACUGCAUUAGUACUUUACAGGAGAGUUUAAUCAGACACCUUAAAAUAGCCCCUAAAUAUCUCUCCUUUCUGGAAGAGAGACAAAAACGGAUUCGGGAAAACCCAGAACUAUGGCUCACACGACCUCUUUCACCCUCUUUGCUAAAAAUUUUGGCCUUGGAAGCUACCUACCUGCUGCCCCUUCGCUUGGUACUCCUAGAUGAAAUGAUGUCUGAUCUAACUACGCUGGUGGACGGGUACCUAAACACCUACCGAGAAGGGUCUGCAGACUGGCUGGGAGGCAUGGAGCGUACAUGUAUGGAGCUCCCAGAGGAACUGCUUCGACUGAAGGACUUCCAGAGACAGCGCAGAGAGAGAGCUGCAAAAGAAUAUAGAGUAAAUGCGCAGGGACUCCUAAUAAGGACAGUACUACAUCCAAAGAAGUCUAUGACAAAGACAGCAGGGAAAAAGGGAAAAGUAAGAGGUUUCUUACUUUGUAAAAAUUCUAGGCUAGAUAAAGCUCCAAAUUUUACAUCUCACAAGGAUGUAAAUUUGCUAAAAGAAGAAUCUAAGAGUAAGCAAACCACAGCGGAAUCUCAACAUCUACCUCCCAUAAGGGAAGAAGUCAGUGAAGAUUCCAGUAACAAACGAAUUUGCCCUGAGUCAGAGGGGUUUAAAGACCAGAGAAUAACUCUAAAAGAAUACCUCAAGAUACCUAAACAAGAGUUUCAGACAAAUUUAUCUUUGAAAGAGGAGAUAGAACAGUUACUGAUGGUGGAAAACAAGGAAGAUCUAAAAUGUACAAAACAAGAUGUUUUAGUGUCUCCUUCCCUUCCUCAGGAAACCAGAGUGUCUCCAAGUGACAUUUUUCAUCCUUUUAGAAAAGCUGUGCUUCCCACACUUCCUCCCUGCCCAGCUUUGGAGAAGACUGAUUCCUGGAUAAAUCCAGAUUCUCCCAAUCUGCCUUAGAGAUCUGCAGUUUGUUCUUGAGGCCAAUAAAGGUGGCUUAUUUCCUCUGCCAUCAAGGCCUUCCUCAGUGCUUAAGUUUCUUGUGCUGUAAAUUAGUCACAGGCUUUGGGGGAAAUUAUAUCCUCUUGCUUGCUCCUAUAUUCUUAGAAUUUGAUUAGAAUGGGAAUGAAUAAGUUAAAUAAUGGAAGAAGUAAAUGUUCUGAUUAUGUCACUGUGUAGAAAUGUUCCCUGUGGCCAAACUGAAUUAUUUCUCAUAAUUUGGGUUUAAAGGAUUUGAAGAAGGGAAAAAUUUUGGACUUAGUGUCUGGAAGAAUCUAUACUUUAAAUUUUUUGUUGUUUUUUCUGGUUUGAAGGAUGUUGGUAAAACUCUUAGCCAUAAGUUUAAAAAUAUUAGUACCUGACAACUUUACCUGUACUUUUUUCCUUUUUAGAAUAUUAACUUUG